UGGUGGACAAGACUUCAGAUUUUCGAUUUCGCGGUGAUGAAAAUUGAGAUUUAGAACAUUUCUAAGGAGCAGAUAUAACUAACAAUAAGCGUUCAAGAUGCAUAGAAGAGAGGGCUCGGUUGUGCGAGUCGUCAUUUUUAUAUCGGUGGCCAUUUGUUUUGUUUAUGGCGUAUAUUUGUAUCACGAUGUCCAAACACGACUGAAAAAGUCUGACGAAAAAUCUGAGAGAUUGCGACAACAACACGAUUCAGUUUCCGCCCAGUUACAAGUUGUUUAUGAACACAAAUCCAGAUUAGAAAAAGCUUUGCAACAGGAGAAAAGUGAUAGUAAAAAAAUGAGAGAUGAUUUAAUAAAAGAUAAAACUACUUUAGAGGAAAAAUGUGCGAAGGAGAAGCAAGAUCUCCUUACACAGUUUAAUACUUUGCAACAGCAGCACAAAAUGUUAAAGGUGCAAUAUGAAGACAUGGAACGAGAGUUACAGAAGUUACAGGCGAAUCUCAAGAAGAAUGCGGACGAUCAUCAAAAAAUCGUUGAACAGAAUAGUAUGGAGUUUUUGCAGCUGAAACAGGAGAAGGAAAAUGAAAUAGCAAAACUUAAAGAUGUCAAUGCAAAUUGUGAUCGGACAAAUAAACAGCUGCAAACUCAACUUGAAAAUGUUGCUGCUAAUUACCAAAAGAGCCAGAAUAAACUUUCCCCAAAGGAAGGCGCCGGUUCAGAGGAUCAAGCGGCAGCAGCCAACAGCAGUGACAAUGCCUAUAAUUUAACAUUAAACGCCAAUGCGACAUCACAACAAUUACAAGACCAACAAGGGCAAGUGGUAAGGUUACAACAACAGAUUCAACAAUCAGCAGGUGCACAACAGCAGAAUGUUGCACAACAGCAGAAUGUUGCACAACAACAGAAUGUUGCCCAACAGCAGAAUGUUGCACAACAACAGGCUGUGGCACAGGAGGGUCAACAACAACAACAACAACAACAACAACAACAACAGAACCUGCAGUAUGAUCCAAACCAGCAGCAUCAGCAACAAGUGGUUCAGCAACCGGCGGACCAGGUGCAAAUGAACCAACAGCAAGGACAACAGGUGGCACCCAUGCAGCCGCAGGGCCAGCAGCAGCAGCAGCAACAAAUGCAACCGCAGGUUCCCGGCGCCGGGGACCAACAAGCACAACAGGUUGCACAGCCACAGCAGCCCCAGGAUGCCAAUCAGCAGCAGGGCCAAGCACCUGAUCAAGGGGCUCAGCAAGUGGUGCAGCCAAACCAAGCAGCAGGAGCCCAGGAAGGCCAAGGAGCGGGAGUAGGCCAGGUUCAGCAGCCAGGACAGAUUGAAAAUGCUGCGCUUAAUCCACCAGUACAAAUGCAACAAGAAACUAAUCUAGAAAAUGACCAAAGUUUAAACCAAUAUAAAGGAGAGGACUUCCAUAAUAUAGACAAUAAUAAACUAGAUGAUAAUAUGCAAAUUAAUCGCCCUCUGCCGGUUGCUGAUGACGAUUCUAGAAAAAUUAUAGCGAAGGUUGAUGGUGGCAAUUACGAGAAUGAGCAUGAGGGCCAGAUGCAGGCGCCCCAUGAUAAUCUACCGGUUCAGGCACAACAGCACGAAAAUCAGGUACCAAUCCCCAUAAAUAAUGAAGAUCGAGAAAUAAAUAUGGAAAAGGCAGUUUAUCAAAAUGAAGAAGGUGAGGAUGAGGGAGACGAUGAUAAAAAUGAAGACGAUAAAGAAGAGGAAAAAGAUGACUACAUCCACUGAUCAACUCACCAGCAGUUGAAAAAUGAUCUCAAAUGGGGAAAAGAGUGCAACAAAAGUCAACCCAACUUUCAUUCUUUACCAGUAAAAGCAGGCCAGGUCAGGUUGGAAACUUGGGAGGCCUGACUGACUUUUGACAACUCCAAGGUUCACUGUUCAGUUAUUGGUAAAAGAAUUGAUGAGAAGUAUUGGUGGAAUACAUUUCUUAGUCAAAUAAGAAGUGCACCACGCGUACCUUUCUGCAGUUUUUCUGUUAAUCUUGAAUUCUUGCUUUGCUAAGGCCAAGCAGUUUGAUGACGUUAACUUACCGGUAGUAUUUUGCAUUGAAAUUCUUCAUCUUGUGUACAUGUAUUGUAUAGUCAUGGUCAUGUAUAAUUUGUUAUACAUGAGCAAACUUAAAAAGAUGUUUUAGAAGUCUAUCAAUUGGAUGCAUUGGAGGAAAUCAAAAUCAAAUCACUGGUUCCAAGGGAAACAACUUUCUGCUGCAAUAACACUGUUCUGAUUAUUUUGAUUUGUGUCUCCAUGAUUUCAUUGGCAUUUCAUUCAUGUGGUUCAUGAAGAUGUGGCAGGCAAGGCCUGGUGCGAUCUCGGUCAUUCUUCUGCUGUUGGGGAUGCUUAAUCAGUUAUUGUAAAAGAAAGUAUUAUGUUGAAUAUUGUUAUAUUUUAUUGGGGAAAUAAUCUUCAUCUCAUUGUAUAUAUAGGUCUGGUAUGGUUUAUGAAAUAAUUAGGGGCCACACUGCCAAAUUGACCUACUCAUCUGCUCACGAUAGAAAUCCAGAUUCAAUCGAAAUCAAGAAUUUGUUUAUUCCUCGUGUGUGCGUGUGUGUGUGUAUGUAUUUGCCGGUCAGUUGUUUGACACACUGUGUAACUUUUCUUCUUCCAACUAUUUUCAUGUUUUGUGGCAAAUCGUUUUGUACAUGCUUAGAACCAUGAUAGUAGUGUCAGAAGUUUUACGAAAUAAAUAAAUAAGGCAUGCAGAUGUGAUGAACUUUCAUUGUCCUCAUUGGGCUACACAAAAAAGUUAAGCCUUUUGCCUUGCUUUUAAAAAUAGCUAGAAUAGUUCAUCACAGGGUAUCCGAUAUAAGCACUGUGGUUUGUAACAGUAUUCCAUGUCAGUGAAAUUUUUAAAGUUUCAACAUGGUGAAUAACUGUUGAUCUACAUAUGAAAUAAUCGAAUAACAUUUUAGUGAUAAUAAAUUCUGUGAGUUCCUAUGUAUAUUUAUGUAACUAAUAAACUAGUUCUUUUAGAUGAUGCUAUGCCUUUUUCUAGUCUUAACGGAAGAUGUCAAGAUGGUUAUAUAUAUGGUUAGUUUGUGAUGGAACCAAGACUUAAUCUUCUAUUGAUAUUGAUAUUUUAAGUGUCAUGAUUGACCUUAAAUAAAAUGAGUGGGCCCUUUGUGUCAACAAAAAUACUCGAAGUGAUAUGUAAGUGACACAUUGUUUUGUUGCGAAUCGAGGUUGUUCACUAAAUCCGCAAAAAUAAAAUCCUCGCAAAUAUUUUGUGGUUAGCAGUGAAAAAAUUUUUCUAUUGACACAAAUGAAGAUAAAGAUGUAUGAAGAAGUAAGAAGAUGAUUUAAGUUGUGUAAGUCAUGGCCUGAAGUCCACCAACACGGUCAACUCAUAUCAUUCACUGGUGAAGAUUUGAUGCUGUCAAAAUGAGUUGUAAAUGCUUUGCAUGGACGAUUAUAUAAAUUUGAAAAAUACUUAAGAAAUAAGACCACUUAAAAUGUUUGUGGCUUUCGUGAAAUUUUCUGCAGAGUUCUUGUUGAUACUACAAACGCAUAUCAUGAAUGCUAUUACCCGCAUGAAUAUGACAACUCUGAAAUUUUUUUGUGUGUCUUUAUCUUCGUGAUUCGCUAACAUUUCUAGAAAAGAAAAUGGGUUGGUGAAAACAAAACUUCUUUUCGUUUAUCAAAUCAAAAAGUGUUUUUUCGUGUUUUUCAUUUUCGAGAAUCGAGGUUGUGUUUAAAAUCUUGAUGUUUUUAUACACUGUAGUUGAAACACUUAGCCUUUUGUAAUCAUGUUAAAUCAUACCAGCUGUCCUUAAAACUGUACAGAUAAUGAUGUAAAUAAAACCAUUCCAAGA